AUGGGUAAGAUCCUCUUGGCGGUUGUAGCGGCCAUUUUCGGCAUAAGUCUCUAUUCUAUUGUGAAUCGAUCUGAGACGAAGAUCAAUUUCCCGAAGAAUGGGUAUUAUGGAACUGGAAAUCCAAAGCAAGACGACACCAGCAUCAAACCAUUCAAGAUUCAGGUGGCGGACAAGGAAAUUCAGGUAUUAAAUCAAUUUUGUUUUGGAUUUUCGGUGAUGUUGUUUUAGUUAAUGGAGAAUCACACUUUCUUAUCAAAAAAUAUCUUAACUUUCUUUUCACCUCCUUCUAGCUUAUUUUAGGUUUCAAAUCAAGAAAUUUUCUACUUUUUUAUAGGACCUGAAAGAGCGACUGAAGAACGCACGAAUUGGCCAUGAACAGCUGGAAGAUGUCCCGAACUUUGAAUACGGCUUUCCUUUGACCACUUUGAAGCAAUGGAGAGAGUACUGGCUCAAUAAAUACGACUGGCGAAAGCAUGAGGCGCAGUUGAACGCGUUUCCCCAAUUCAUCACUCAAAUCGAAGGCCUGAAGAUCCAUUUCAUCCACGCGAAACCCCCAGCCGGCUACAAAACUGUGGUCCCGUUGUUGUUGGCGCACGGCUGGCCUGGAAAUGUCUACGAGUUCUAUAAGAUCAUCCCCAUGCUCACCGAUCCCAAGAAGCACGGACUCGGCGAUCAAGUGGCGUUUGAGGUUGUUGCUCCCUCCAUGCCCGGUUAUGGAUGGUCUGAGGCGAGUCACAAGAAAGGUAAUCUAUUUUUUGAGUUUGCUGUUCUUUUCAUCAUCCUACGAUUAAUUUUAUAUUUUUUUAGGGUUGUCCGUGUUUGUCGUUUCCCGGAUCUUCAAGAAACUGAUGACCGACCGUCUGAAGUUCCCCAAAUUCUUGGUUCAGGGCGGUGAUUGGGGUUCUGCAGUAGCCAGCACACUUGGAAAGCUGUAUCCCGAAAGUCUGAUCGGUGUUCAUAUUAACAUGGUCAUGUCCAACAAUAAGCCGGUUAAUUUGUUGAAACAGAUCCUUGGAUCUUACUAUCCCUCCCUGUUCUUCGAGGAUCCCCACUUUUCUGAUUUCUCGUUCAAGAAUCAAUUCUUUUUCAUCGUGAAGGAGUCGGGAUACAUGCAUAUUCAAGCCACCAAACCGGAUACUGUUGGGGUCAGCUUGAACGACUCUCCCUUGGGCUUGUUGGCAUAUAUCGGAGAGAAGUUCAGCACUUGGACCAACGCCAAGUUUGUUCAGGAAAAGGAUGGAGGGUUGGAGAAGUGAGUAACGAUUUUUAAUAUUGGCUAUAGGCGAAGGGCAUCGUUGAAGGCUAACUUAAUGAAAACGGCUAAUGUCUUCUUCCAGAGAAUGCAAAUUAUAGUAGGAAUGGAUUAAAGAAUUCCGCCCGUGCCAGUUUUAGAUGUGGCAAUCCCCUCUGAAGGUUUGGGCUUUGGCUGUAAAGAAUUUCAAGAAAGAUAAAUGUGAACCGAAUCUGUGAAUUCACUUUUUGGGGUCGAUUUGGGUGAAGCCAAAGAGGAAAUUAAUAAUUAAACCCUCCGAAGAGAUUUUCUUGUCCUACAGCUGGCACGAGCGGUGGAUUUUUUACCCAUUCCUACAGUGGGGGACGUGAUGCAGUGGCAAAAAAUGUACCAUUUUGCAUCCAGGAAGUAUUAAAAAAUGUGGCAAAAUGCAUCCCUCUCCAAGUGAAAAAAGCUCAGAUUUCAAAAGCGUGUCCGCGCUUUUUAUGUGGAGAACGGCGCGCCCUUCAAAACGAAGUUUUUUUCAUUUGUAGAAGGAAGCAUUUUGCCACAUUUUUUAUACUCCCCGGAAGCAAAGUGAUACGUUUUUUUGCCACUGGAUCAGGUCCCCCACUGUACUGUGCCUCACAUUCUCUAGAAGUCGAUAUUGGCUGUUUUCAUGAGGCCAGUCUGCAACCAGAGAUUGCCACGGCUCCGGAGCCGGCUCUUGGCUCCGGCUCUGAGCGGCUCCGGCUCCGAGCCGGGAGCCAGAGCCGGAGCCGGAAAUUUUGGGGUCGGCUCCGGCUCCCGAGCCCAAAGUCGGAGCCAGGCUUCCCAGCGGUCAGAAAAGUAAAAAUUUUGUGAUCUUGUUAAACCAAAUUGCUUGAAAAACACUGCGGAGGAUGUCGCUUGACUGCAAAAACGUUGGCGUAUGAUCUCUGGCACUAAUAAUAACUUUUAUUUUUGGAAAAAUAUUUUUUAAAAAAUAUUUUGCAUUGGAGCCGGGAUUCGGAGCCGGAGGCCUUUUUAAAUUUUGCACGGAGCCAAGAGCCGGAGCUGCAAAUUUGGCCUCGGCUCCGGCUCUGGGAGCUAAGAGCCGGAGCCGGAGCCGAAAUUUUGACCGUGGCAAUCUCUGUCUGCAACCAUGACUUUCUCGUUACUCUUAGACUUUUAUUUAGAUACUUCACCAAGGACGAGGUGCUGACAAUCAUCUCGAUCUACUGGUUCAACCAAAACAUCCUCGCCUCUCAACGACUCUACAAGGAAAGCUUUGCCAGUCAAGAUUAUUUGGACUUGCAAAGGUAUGUUUUCCAUGAUCCCCUUCCUUUUUCUUACCGAUUAUUUACAUUUUAACUUUCCUCUUUCAGUGCCUACUGCUCGGCUCCAACUGGAGUGGCUCAUUUCCCACAUGACCUCGUCCGAGCUCCGAAGGAACUCUUGUACAGCAGCUACAACCUCACCCAUUACACCUACCUCGAGGACGGCGGUCAUUUCGCUGCUUUCCAACUGCCAAAGGUUCUGGCCGCGGAUGUUUUCAAAUUUAUCAAUUCUCGACUGUAG